AUGUAAUCGUUGAACUAUUUAAUUGGCGAAGAUCAAGAUACAAUAACUCAAAAAAUUAAAACACCAGUUGAAGAAAACUAAGAUGCUUCAAUAAAUAGUAAAAAGUAUUAAUAGAUUGCCAGCAAUAGGAGCCUUAGUUUUACUAAGGGAUGUCAUAAUGGUUAACUUGAAGAAAACCGAAGCUAAAGUUAAAUUUAAGAAAAUAAAGAAAAAUAUUAAAUUGAGAUAUUAAAUACUACUCUUGCAAAUCCUUCAACUUAGAGGAAGCUGAUUGUUGAAGAUCAUGAUAAUGUUCAAAUAGAUGGUUAGCAAUCUAUUUAAAACAAUAAAAAUUAAUACGAUCUAUUUACAAAAAUAAAUGAAAUUUCUUUGAAUACUGAUGGAGCAGAUAAAAGGAGAUAAUUACUGAAUACCAUAGACUAAGAUUUAGAAAAGAUAAGAAUGAAAAAACAAUCUUUUACUUUAGAAGCAUCAAUACCUGUUGCUUAUGAAGAUGCCAAAAAAUUCCCUCCUAUAAAUUUAGAUAUGUCCAUAGAGGGUCUAUUUGCACGCCAGUAAAUUGGUAAUCGUAGCAAUCAAGAAAAUGAAAAAACUGAACAUUCAAACGAUCUCAUUACCUCAAAUCUAAGGAAGAGCUCUAAAAAAAUUUAGUCUGAAAGAAAUAUGAUAAAAUCUAUGGCUUCAAAAUCAUACUCAGAUGAAAAAUAUGCAAAUUAAUUACAAUUACACUCUCUUGAUAUUAGGGAGUCAAAAGAAGCUAUAUUAGGAGGUAAUACAACAGUACUUGGUAGAAUAUCUCAGAUGAUUAAGCAAGAGUAGGAAGAAAUGUUUACUCCCUCAUUAAGAUAAAUUGGAAUGUAAGAAGAUCAUAUAAUCACUAGACCAGCAACUCUGAUUUAUAUUAAAAAAUUUAUCAGCCAGCUAAAAAAAUAGCUUUAUUUCAGUGUCUUUAAAAAUUUGAACUCCCAUCAAGUUAAAUUGAUCAAUGAUUUGUCUUAUUAUGAAGAGGGCCAGAAAAUCAAUUCUAAUUUAAAUAAUUCUAAAAAAUGUGAUAAAAAACUUGAUAAAAUAUAAAAAGACAACUUAGCUCGAAUAAAUGGAGCAGGAAUUAUUUAUUAAAGCUACUUAAAAAAUAUAAUUAUAAGCUCUCAAUCAAAUGCAUACAUGGCAUUUUAAGUUAUAAUGCUUGCAUCUGUAUUUAUUUAAAUUUGCAUCAUUCCUAUUUAGGUUUGCUUUAACCUUUAGUUGAAUUCAAUUUAUAUUCUGAGUAUAAUCACAUUGCCAGUUUUUUUUAUUGGGAUAUUAUUAAACUGUGUUACAAGCUAUUAUUGUGAAGGCAUCGAAGUUAAAAAGUAAAAGAAAAUAAUUAAAAGAUAUUUAAAAACCUCGUUUUUUCAAGAUAUUAGUUCCUUUAUAGCAUUAAUAAUUUCGCUUUAAUCAAACAACUAGUGGAUUUCUUUGAUUUUUCUAAUAAGGUUUAAUUAAAUUCCAAAAUUAAUAAAUUCAAUUGAUGAUCAUUUUUAGCUUGAGCAUAGAUUCCCAAGUAGCUUUGAGUUACUUAAACUCCUAUUCCUUAUAGUUACUAUAGGUCAUUAUUGCUGUUGCGGCUUUAUUUAUUUAGGACAAUAUGAAGUUGAUAACAAUCGUUAUAGUUGGCUCAUUAUGAGAAAAAUAGAUCAAAAUGAAUGGAGUGUAAAAUACCUCAAUGGACUAUAUUUUUCAUUUAUAACUAUGAUAACAGUUGGCUAUGGAGACAUCACUCCUUAAACAGAAAUUGAGAUUAUAUAUGUAUUAUUUAUGACACUUAUUACAUGCGGAGUAUUUGGAUACGCUAUAAAUACAAUAGGUUCUAUUUUCAGAGAAAUGCAGAUCCGCAAGUCAGAACUAAAGUAAAAAUUCUGA